AUGGCUCCCUCUCCCAUCGCUGUCCCACCGAGGGACUCCGGCGCAACCGCUCUCCUUGCACCAAAGACAUCGCACAUGGCCACCACGACGUUGCGCGUGGGCGGCAUGACCUGCGGCGCCUGCACAUCGGCCGUUGAAGCUGGCUUCAAGGGCGUCGAUGGUGUCGGGAGUGUCUCCGUCAGCCUCGUCAUGGAGCGCGCCGUCGUCAUGCACGACCCCAAGAUCAUCUCCGCCGACGACAUUUCCGAGAUCAUCGAGGACCGCGGCUUCGACGCCGAAGUCCUGUCCACCGACCUGCCGAGCCCGGCUGCGAGCCGCUUCGGCGACGAUGACCACGAGCCGACGCCCGGCUUUGCGACCACGACGGUGGCCAUCGAGGGCAUGACCUGCGGCGCGUGCACCUCUGCCGUCGAGGGCGGCUUCAAGGACGUGCCCGGUGUCGAGCACUUCAGCAUCUCCCUGCUCGCCGAACGCGCCGUCAUCAAGCACGACCCGACGCUGGUCACGCCUGCCCAGAUUGCCGAAAUCAUCGAGGACAGGGGCUUCGGCGCCGAGAUUGUCGACACGGAGCAGGCAAAACCCGACGCCAAGGCCGCCAAGGGAGGCGAUGCGUCGAGCGACGUUGCGACGACGACGGUCGCCAUUGAAGGCAUGACGUGCGGCGCAUGCACCUCGGCCGUUGAGGGUGGAUUCAAGGGCGUCGGCGGCGUCCUCAAGUUCAACAUAAGCCUGCUGGCCGAGCGGGCCGUCAUAACGCACGACGUCACCAAACUUUCUCCAGAAAAGAUUGCGGAAAUCAUCGACGACAGGGGCUUCGACGCCACAAUCCUCUCCACUCAGUUCGACACGGGCGACCACAGCCCCUCUUCCUCCGCUGCCCAGUUCCGAAUUUACGGCAGCCCCGAUGCAGCCACGGCAAAGGCCCUCGAGGAGAAGCUGCGUGCCCUUCCCGGUGUCAACUCCGCGACCCUUAGCCUAGCAACGGAGCGCCUCACGGUGAACCAUCAGCCCGCCGUCAUCGGGCUGCGUGGCAUCGUCGAGGCCAUCGAGGCAGAAGGUCUCAACGCGCUGGUCGCGGACAGCCAAGACAACAAUGCGCAGCUCGAGUCGCUCGCAAAGACGCGGGAGAUCGGCGAAUGGCGCACGGCGUUUAGGACUUCGCUCGCCUUUGCCAUUCCCGUCUUCAUUAUCGGCAUGGUGUUGCCCAUGGGCAUCCCCUCGUUGGACUUUGGCAAGCUGGAGCUCAUCCCCGGCCUCUUCCUCGGCGACGUGACAUGUUUGGUCCUUACGAUACCCGUGCAGUUCGGCAUUGGCAAGCGUUUUUACAUUUCUGCGUACAAGUCGGUCAAACACGGUGCGCCCACCAUGGACGUUCUCGUCAUCUUGGGCACGUCGUGCGCCUUCUUCUUUAGCGUCUUUGCGAUGACGGUCUCGCUGCUCGUGCCUCCGCACACGAGGCCAAGCACCAUCUUUGACACGAGCACCAUGCUCAUCACCUUCAUCACCUUUGGGCGGUACUUGGAGAACCGUGCCAAGGGCCAGACAUCCAAGGCGCUGUCGCGUCUCAUGUCGCUCGCCCCAUCCAUGGCGACCAUCUAUGCGGACCCCAUUGCCGCUGAGAAGGCCGCCGAGGCCUGGGCUAAGUCCCCCGAGAGCCACCAGCGGACACCCAGGACGCCUCUUCCCACCGAGCCCGCGGGAUCUGCCUACGAGGAGCGGGUUGUCCCGACGGAGCUUCUCCAGGUCGGCGACAUCGUCAUCAUCCGGCCCGGCGACAAGAUUCCCGCCGAUGGUGUCAUGGUCCGUGGAGAGACGUACGUCGACGAGAGCAUGGUCACAGGAGAAGCAAUGCCCGUGCAGAAGCGUCUGGGUGACAAUGUCAUUGGUGGGACCGUCAAUGGCAACGGUCGGGUCGACUUCCGCGUCACGCGUGCCGGCAGGGACACCCAGCUCAGUCAGAUCGUCAAACUUGUCCAGGAGGCGCAGACGACGAGGGCGCCCAUUCAGCAACUGGCCGACACGCUGGCCGGCUACUUUGUCCCUACAAUCCUGAUCCUGGGUCUCAUCACGUUCCUGUCUUGGAUGGUGUUGAGCCACGUGCUGCCGAACCCGCCACAGAUCUUCCUUCAGGACGCUAGCGGCGGCAAGAUCAUGGUGUGCGUGAAGCUUUGCAUCUCGGUCAUCGUGUUUGCGUGCCCCUGCGCUCUCGGCCUCGCGACCCCUACGGCCGUGAUGGUGGGGACCGGCAUCGGUGCCGAGAACGGCAUUCUGAUCAAGGGAGGUGGUGCUCUGGAGAGAACCACCAAGGUUACCAAAGUCGUUCUUGACAAGACGGGAACCAUUACCCACGGCAAGAUGAGCGUCGCCAAGAUGACGGCGGUGCCUCUAUGGAAAGACAAUGAUUGGCGGCGCCGUCUCUGGUGGAGCAUCGUCGGCCUGGCCGAGAUGGGCAGCGAACACCCCGUGGGCAAGGCCGUCCUGGGUGCUGCCAAGGACGAGCUGGGCAUCGAGGCUGAGGGAGCCAUCGCGGGAAGCGUAGGCGAGUUCAAAGUCAUGGUUGGCAAGGGAGUCAAGGCCCUCGUGGAGCCGCACUCUUCGGCCGAGCGAGUCCGGUAUCGAGUCCUGGCCGGCAACGUCCGUCAUCUUCAGGAGAACGGUGUUGAGAUACCCGAGAAUGCCAUUGAGGCGUCCGAGGAGCUCAACGCUGCUGCCAAGAAGCACCUGGCCAAGUCAUCGACUGCGGGGACGACCAACAUCUUUGUGGCCAUCGACGGCAAGUACGCGGGACACCUGUGCCUCUCAGACGUCAUCAAGGACGGGGCAGCUGGGGCCAUCGCUGUGCUGCACCGCAUGGGAGUCAAGACGGCCAUUGUGACUGGCGACCAGCGCUCGACAGCGCUCGCCGUGGCUGCGGCCGUGGGCAUCUCUUCAGACGACGUCUUCGCCGGCGUCAGCCCGGACCAGAAGCAGGCCAUCAUCAAGCAGAUGCAGUCUCAGGGCGAGAUCGUGGCCAUGGUGGGCGACGGCAUCAACGACUCGCCCGCGCUCGCGACGGCAGACGUGGGCAUCGCCAUGUCCAGCGGUACGGACGUUGCCAUGGAGGCCGCCGACGUGGUGCUGAUGCGGCCCACGGACCUGAUGGGGAUCCCCGCGGCGCUGCACCUGACGCGGACCAUCUUCCGGCGCAUCAAGAUGAACCUGGCGUGGGCGUGCCUGUACAAUCUCGUCGGGUUGCCCGUGGCCAUGGGUUUCUUCUUGCCGCUGGGAUUCCACAUGCACCCGAUGAUGGCCGGGUUCGCCAUGGCCUGCAGCAGCGUGAGCGUCGUGGUAAGCAGCCUGUUGCUGAAGCUCUGGCGGAGGCCGCGGUGGAUGGAGGAGGCCGAGGCGGAGCAAAAGGGGACGCGCCUGCGGUGGGCGACGGGCAGCGGCAUCGUCGGCUGGGCGAGGGAGAUGUUGUCCAUGAGGAAGAGACGAAAGGGCGAGGAGGGGUACGUGCCGCUGCAGAACCUGGAGUCGUAG